AACUGUGGAGUCAAUAAAACGCCAUUAUAAGCAAAACAACAAAAGUUGUCUGCUUUACUCACUUAGCAACAGUUGUUUUACAGCAAGUCACUUUACUCUCUUUCAACUCCCCAAGUUCCAUCCCAACCCUAACCAAAAAAAACAGUAAAAAUACAUACAUAUUUGUUUUGUGCCACUCUUUAGUCUCACCAAAAGAAGAAAUUUUGUUUCUCUCUUUUCUCCAAGAACAAGAAAAAAGAAGAAGAAGUCAUGGAUUCUUUGUUAUGCAACUGUAGAGAUGAAGAAUAAGAAAAGGGAAUUAGACCCACAUUGUUAUAAGUGUUUCCAAUGGGGAAAGGAGAGGAAGAACAGCCAAUACCUAGUACUACAUUGGAUGCACAAAGUACAAACCAAAAUGCAGAGGAUAGGUGUUGUAGUAGGUUCAAAGGGUUGGUGAGUUUUAAAUGUGUAUUUGUAUUGAUGCUUGGCUUGGGAGUCUUGAUUUCUGCUGUUUUCUUGUUGCCAUUCUUCAAGAAUGGAGAUCUGGGGGAUCUGGAUCUUGACAACAAGUAUAAAGGUCAUGAUAUAGUUGCCAGUUUCAUGCUUGAGAAGCCAGUUUCGUUUGUCAAUGAUAACAUUUGGCAACUUGCAGAUGAUAUUUUUGAUGAAAUAAGUGUUUCCCAUACUAAAGUGGUAAUAAUAUCAUUAGAAAAUAUAGCUGGAACGAACAUCACAGAGGUCAUCUUUGCAGUUGACUCUGAAGUGAAAAAUGGGAGGGUCUCUCUAACUGCUCUAAGUUUAGUCUGGUCGGAAUUUGAAACUGUAAUUACUGGCCUAUCAGCUCUGCACUUGACAACACCUUUGUUUGGUGAUCCUUUUUCCUUUGAUGUGCUGAAAUUCAGUGGUGGGAUUACUGUGAGCCCCAAACAGAGUGGAUUCCCCAUGCAGCAAGUCCAGAUUCUUUUCAACUUCACCUUGAACUUUUCAAUUGAUGAAAUUCAAGAUAAUUUUCAUGAACUAAAAAGCCAGCUCAAAUCUGGAUUACAUCUUUCAUCAUCUGAGAACUUGUAUAUGAGUUUGACUAGUACAAGAGGUUCGACGGUGGAUCCUCCCACUAUUGUUCAGUGUAAAGUCCUUUGGGCAGUUGGGAUAAAUUCCUCCAGUUCAAGGUUGAAGCAGUUGGCUCAGACAAUUGGUUCUCAUUCUGAAAACCUUGGCCUCAAUAACACUAUAUUUGGAAGGGUUAAACAAGUUAGUCUGUCCUCUUUUUUGCCGCAUUCUCGAGGUGGUGAUGGUGGUAGCCCCUCACCUUCUCCAGCUCCACUACCUCACCAUCACCACCACUACCAUCACCAUAAUCAAGAUUCAAACUUUGCUCCUGCAAUAUCACCUGCUCCAAAUGUUGGGAAAGGUGAAUCUACUAGCAGGCAAGUUUCACCUAUCUCCGCACCAACGCCAGCAUCUGCAACAGUACUUCCACCUUCCCCUGCACCUACGCAGCACAAGAGACAUGAGGCCCAGCCUCCUUGUCAUUUUGGGAGAUUUCCAAGGAAGGCGAAAAGUCACUUGCAUAUGGUUCCUGCUCGAGCACCAGUCCCUGCACCUCAUAUUACUCCCUCGCCACACCAGCAAGUACAUGCUCCAACUCCUAUUCCGCAUGAAAUCACUGUUUCAAGUCCAUUGCCCAAUGUAGUAUAUGCUCAUGUUCAUCCUCCGCCAAGGAGUAAUUCUGUUGCACAGCCUCCUGACAGAUUUACGUCAGCUUCACCCUUGCCAUCUUCAUCUUCUGAAGGGAUUCUUUCAUCAAAAUUCUGGGCUUUCCCGCUGUUAUUACUUGUACUACUUCUGUAGCAGCAGGACAAUGGGGAAUUAUUUUUUCGUAACAAAACUUGCCUCCAGUAUUGUGAAAACAAGUUCCACGUCAUUCCAUCUGGGCAAAGGAACAAAACUUGAGGAGUUUGCAGAGAGAGAGAGAGAGAGAGAGAGAGAGAGAGAGAGAGCAAUGCCAAAAGGGCAUCUCUCUCACUUGAAUGAAUGUUUGUUAUUGUUGUAUUCUUGUAAAUAUUUCUAUAAAGAUUCAGUGCGGCAAUGCAUUUUUAGGUCAAAGUCACAGAGGUGACAGGCCUGUGAUGACUUGCAUUGGCACUGUUAUGUAUCAUCGCUUCUUGUGUUUGCAUAAACACAAGGAGGGAAAAACACAACCAAGAAAUGUAUAAUAAGCCUUUUUGUUCCUAAGA